AUGCCCUUCCCCUUCGCUCUCCCAACUACCAGCUCAGUGCUCUUAUCAGACUUCUUUGACAGCGUAACACACCCAUCGCUGCCAUUGACCGCGACCACUCGGCGCAGUGUACUGAAAGAUGCAUUGAAGAAGCACAAACGGCUGUCGCCCCAGCAGCGGGACAGCAACUUGCCAACCGUACAAGAUGCAGCGACCAGCUACGUUCCCUAUCUACUCGCGCUCAAUACAGGAUCCGGAUAUCGAGAUGUUGGACCUGAGAAACUGGACGUGGAAGUGAAGCAACCGGUCGAGGUGGAAUGGCGGAGCACGCUUUCUGUUGCUCUCCCCGGCCGUGAGCCUCCACGGCCCAAGCUGGUGGGCCUUCAUCACGAGAUUGCUUUCACGUUGUCCACGCUGGCAUACACGCAUUCGCUGCUUGCCAGAUCACAGUUGCGGAUUCUGUAUGGCACCGCGACACUUUCUGCAGACCAGCGAGCGAGUACGAUUGCCGGUGCGAUGAAGCAUUUGCUUGAGGCGCAUAGCAUUCACAACUACUUGCUUUCUCUGCCAUCAAUAUCGGCGGCUAAGGACGCACCGAUCGACAUCCAGCCAUCUACGGUUUCUGCGCUGGCGUCACUGGCACUGGCUGAGGCUACGAUUAUUGUGGUGGCCAAAGACGAUCCUUACACGGCGGCUGUUGCGGAAGACAGGAAUGACAGUAACAAAGACUGGAUGUUCAAGGCUCCCACGAUUCCAAAAGUCAGGGCUCACUUGUUUGCGCGAAUAUGUCUUGCCGCGGCAGAGCAUGCAACCAACGCCAGUGGGCUUCUGGCACGAAGUGGUACCGGACGGAUCGACGAGGACUUGGUCAAGUACGCAAACGACCUUAGGCGCACCGCACGAGGCAAGGCAGCACGCUUCCUGGCUAUCGAUACUGAGCUUUCUGGAAAGACUGGCGAAGGUCUGGCAUGGCUCAAGGGUGCGAGAAAGGAGCUUGGAUUGUCCGUGGAACUCGACGACGGCAAACGGAAAGGCUUCAAAGGCCUCAAGCAGAGCUGGCAGGAACGGCGUGAGGACCGCAAGAUCGAAAAGUGUGGUGAGUGGGGCAUGGACGGUGGUCGUUACGAAGAAGCCAGAGUCGUGGAAAUGCUGGAGGGCAAAUGGGACAAGGAGAACAGCACGAUGAACAUCCAGCUGGUGCCUCCGUUUGAGCCUCUGAUUGCCAGCAUGCCUUCUGGAAGAGAGUACCACUCGCCACAACCGUACAAUCCGCCCACACUUUCUCCCGAUGUCUUUGCCAGCAUGCGAGCACCGCCAGAACCUGAGGAAGCGGUGUUUAGAGGCGAGGAGGAGGACAGCGGUGGUGAAGAUGGCUUUGCUGGAAGGAGCGAACCGGUUGGUGCUUUCCCAGGCACUGCUGAGGAGUACGGACGGAGUACACCCAGCACCAGUUACUACUGA